CACCGGCAUGCUCGCAGAAGUUUAUGCUGCUCGCAGCAUACCCAAGCAUCGCCGUUCAUCGCGCGUUCAUUUCACUCUCGUGCGUCGUCCGGUGCGGUUGUGGUACCAGGUGGUACGAUUGUGUGUCUUGCGAACCAGGGAAUGGAAAAGCGUGCGUAAAUAAAUAAUGAUCUAGUGUGCCAUUCUACCAAACAACAGGAGUAGCAGCAUUAACAACAACAACAGCGGCAAAAAACGCAUUUGAAAGGAUUACGCGCGGCGCGUUUUUCGAUAAAGGAAGUGAGUGUAUGUGUGUGCGUGUUUGUUUCUCUGUGUAAAAGUGCUCGUUGUGCUCGGUGUUUAUUGCUUUCGUGAAAAGUGAAGUGUGAGCUUUUCCGGUUGCCAUUGCCUCAUCCCACACCCAUCCGGCUGCCUCUCGGUUUGAGAGGUUUUUGUUUUUCGCAGACUUUGCUUUCGCAUCGGUGCCAACGACGGCCUAGCCGCACGCGCUCCCGCCCAAGGAAGCAAAGGAAAAAUCCCGAAGGGUAUACACACUCGUUCCGGUGGCGAUUUUGUUGUAACGCGUUUGCCGGGAAAGCUAGUCCCGCUUGCUUGGGGCAACGGGGCCGGGUGGUACGUGCGUUCGCCGACGGACGGGUUGCAGUGCAGCGUGAAAAGCACAGAAAUUGCAUCAGAGCGCGGAGUGAAGCGCGAGCGCGAGCCUGUUCGCUUCGGAUGUGCUACUGAGCGAGCGCGAGCAGACAGCAAACAGCCGACGAAGAAGCGACGCAUCCUCCGCGGGAUCGCCGUGCGUGUGUGUGUGUCCAGAAGUAAUCGAAACCAUCACACAUCACCACCACCACACGAUGGGCGUACAGCAGUACGUGCUGUUUGCGGUGUUGCUGGUGCCGCUGAGUGCCCUGAUCGGGGGCGCGUAUGGUGGUUCCUGCCGGGAGGCCACCCUCUGCUGCAACGGGCGCGAUUCGUCGUGCGUGGUGCAGAAGGCACCGCUGAACGCGAUCAUCGAGGACCUGAACGAUAAGCCGUGCUACUGUGAUCACGCCUGCCUCAAGCUGGGCGACUGCUGCGACGACUUCAAAUCGCACUGCGGAGUGAUCGACUGCAUCGUCAGUGAAUGGGGCCAAUGGAGCGAAUGUGACACGGCCUGCGGCAACGGUAUGAUGUCGCGCACUCGCAUCAUCGAGCAGAAACCGCAGAACGGUGGCAAACACUGCCCUUCGCUGGUGCAGAAGCGGGGCUGCCAGGGCCUGAAAUGUCACAACCAUCACGACCGGAAGGCACUGCGAGAAACGGCACUGCUGCUGCCAGCCGCCCUGUCCAAGAGCCGCCACGAGAACGAUACCAGCGACAUUCGGCGAAAUCUACGAUUGCGCUACAAGAACGCAUUCAAGCACAACCGAGGAAAUGAGUACUGCGUGGAGUUCGAGGUAAUCAAGGCGACCAAGGCAUGCCACAAGGACAACGUGUACCGCGGGCUGGCCGAGGGCGAGCGGGUGAUCGUGCGCUGCGACCUGGAGGCGCUGCACGAGGACAAGACGGUCGACACGCUCGCGAGCAACUCGGUGCAGGAUGACGAGGAGCCAGACACGCCCAAGUACCGCUGCCGGGGCGACGGGCUGACCGGACGGAACACCCGCUUCACCACGCUGGCCCUGCCGGCCUGCCGGGGCAAGUGGAUGCGCCUGACCGUGGGCCAGCCGAAGAAGUGUCCCUCCAGCGACGCUCAGUUCAUUUUCGUCUAAGUGUGUGCGCGUGUGGGUCCUUGUGUUUGUGUGCGUUAUCUACUUCUCUUUAAUAUCCCUCCCCUCCUUCCUCCUUCUCCGAAAACCGUCUUCCACCCCCCUGCAAAAGCUCCCUGGAUCACUAAAGCCGCUUUGUUUUGACGGGUUGGCAUAUCCGCAUAUCACCUUUACCCUGUGAUCCAGCCCAAAGCUUAUCUCGGCACUCGACAGAAACACUCGGAUGUAUGUGUUUUUUUUUUUUAUUCGUAUACAAAUUGUCCUUUAUUUUUAUUUCCCCUCCAGGCAAUCCCCUCUUUCCGAGCACUAAAGCAAUAGCAAAAAUAAACACAAACACUCACAACACCCAGCGCAAAUUGGAAAGGUCGGACGUAUAGGCGUAGAUACUAACACGAUUAAGUAAAUUGUACUUCUCUCUACCAACACACAGGCACAAACGGCCACACUCUACACCCACAGCUUCACUGCUCCUCCUUCAAAGGGCAAAGGGCGGAAGCAAAACCGUUUCUUAAGAUUAACACUAACGAAUAACCAGGAAAAGCACACACUUAUACAGUCUUACUUAAAAAAAAACAAACAAAA